AUGAAGGCCGUGACAUUCAUCAUCGGUGCCUGCCUGGCUGCCUCAAGAUGCCUGGCGACAGACACGAUCAGCCCUGACCUGAUCGAGGCCGACAUCACCACCGCCGAGCUUGAGGAGAUACUCUCAGACCUCAACGACAUCGGCGACGCGAACGGCGGCAACCGAGCCUUCGGCCUGCCAGGCUUCAAGGCCAGCGUCGACUACGUCCUGGAGAGGAUAGGCGCGACAGACGCCGCCGCCGGCCUCACCAACGAGACCUCGGCGCUAAAGACGUGGGUGCAGCCCUUCAACCACACCUUCGAGCAGACGCGCGAGAUCAGCGUCACCGGCCCGGACGGGGAAGACGUCUACGUGCUCACCCUCCUGUACAACGCCGCCACGCCCGUGCCCGAGGGCGUCACGGGCGCCCUCGUCGACACCCCCGUCGACGACGAGCGGGGCUCCGGCUGCUUCGCGGACCAGUGGGAGGGCGUCGACGCGGCGGGCAAGAUCGCCCUCGUGAAGCGCGGCGUGUGCGCCAUCGCCGACAAGCUCAAGCUCGCCAAGAACGUAGGCGCCGUUGGCGCCCUCGUCUACCAGCCGCAGCCGGGCACCAACUUCUCCUCGGCCACGCUGUCGGCCGACAACAUCGGGCUGCUCGUCCCCGCGGGGCUGAUCCCGCUCGAGGUCGCGCAGGCCUGGCAGGCGCGCCUGGCUGCUGGGGAGGAGGUCAGCGGCACGCUGCUUGUGGAUUCUAUCUUCGAGACACGGGAGACGUGGAAUGUCUUCAGCGAGACCACGGGGGGCGACCCUGACAGUGUGGUUGUUCUCGGCGCGCAUCUUGACAGCGUGCAGGCUGGGCCGGGCGUCAAUGACGACGGCAGUGGGACUUCUGGCCUGUUGGCUAUUAUCAACAGCGUGAGGAAGUACACCGGUCUGAAGAACAAGAUCCGCUUCGCCUGGUGGGGGGCCGAGGAGAGCGGCCUGGUCGGCAGUCUGUACUACACGCGGAACCUGCCCGUUGAGGAGGUCAACAAGAUCAAGUACUACUUCAACUACGACAUGAUAGGCUCGCCGUUCCCGGUGUUUGCCAUCUACCAAAGUGAGAACAGUGGUGGUCCCGCGGAGGAUCUGCUGGAGUAUCUCACGGCUCAAGGCAAAGACGCAUACUUUGGAUCCUUCGGAACUGGCUCCGACUACGUUGGCUUUCUCAACCUCGGCAUCCCGUCGAGCGGCAUCUUCACCGGCGCCGGUGCUCCCACAGACCCCUGCUACCAUCUCGCCUGCGAUACCAUCACCAACAUCGACUUCGAUGCCAUCACCGUCAACACAAAGGCCGCGGGCAGACUGGCUGCUCAGCUGGCGCUAUCUCUGGACGGGGUCCCGAGCAGGAACACCACUUCUUCCAACCUUAGGGGCAGGAUGAAGAUCACCGAGAGCUUCCAGAAGUGGGCGAGGGCCGAGGAGCGCGUGGCCCUGCAGAAGUCGUGCUCGCAUGACACCCAGAAUCGGUUGAUAUAG